AUGUCGCCCAAACACAUGUACGGCCUCACCGCCGUCCCAGCAUCCUCCACCAAACUACUAACCAACAACAAACCCCCUCAAGCCCCAAUCCCCAUCCCCGUCCACAAAACCCCAAUCCCAAACACCCCACUGGCCCAGCGCAUCAACAGCUACGCGCGCCACCAUCUCCGCGAGGAAACAUACAACCACUCCCUCCGGGUCUACCACUACGGCCUAGCCAUCAAAGCAUACCGGUUCCCGGCAUCUCAAUUCCCCGAAUGGGAGUUCGACGAUGAGACGUAUUUCCUUGCCUGUGUAUUGCAUGAUAUUGGGACGACGAGGGAGAAUCUGAAUGCGACGAAGUUGAGUUUUGAGUUUUACGGUGGGAUGCUUGCGUUGCGGGUCUUGCAGGAGGUGAAUGUCAAUCCAGCUCAUGCAUGUACUGGUGCUGGUGCUGGUGCUGGUAAUGCGGACAAGGUGGAGAUUGGCACCGGGACUGGCUUGGGCAUUGGUGCCAGCAAUGUCGGCGGCCCGGCUGCGACGACCACCCCGACGAAUAGCAAUUCUACGGCGCCGCGCGCUCAGGCGGAGAGUGUAGCCGAAGCUAUUAUUCGGCAUCAGGAUUUGUGCCAUGUAGGCUGCAUUACGGUUGUGGGUCAGCUUUUGCAGUUGGCGACGAUCUUUGAUAAUACUGGGGCUUAUGCGGAUCUCGUUCAUGCUGAUACCAUCAAGGAUGUGUGUGCGCAUUUCCCGCGGAUGCGCUGGAGUGGUUGCUUUGCUGCGACUGUUCAGGAAGAGAUUGGGCUGAAGCCCUGGGCUCAUAGUACUGCUUUGGGUGAGGACUUCGAGGAGAAGGUGCUUGGCAAUCAGUUGAUGGAGCCUUAUGAGUGA